GGAGGCCACAGCAGAGAACCACAGUGCUCCCACCUCUCCUUGCCCAAGAGCCUGGAAGUGGGGCUAGGAGAAAGAGGAGGCAAAAAGGAUGGGCAGCAAGGAAGAUGUGGGCAAGGGGUGUGCAGCGGCCGGUGGUGUCUCCAGCUUCACUAUCCAGUCCAUCCUGGGAGGGGGCCCCUCGGAAGCACCGAGGGAGCCUGUCGGCUGGCCGGCCAGGAAGCGCAGCCUGUCCGUGUCCUCGGAGGAGGAGGAGCCGGACGACGGCUGGAAGGCGCCCGCCUGCUACUGCCCAGACCCGCACGGUCCCAAGGAGCCGGGCUCCAAGCACCAUCCCCCCGUCCCCUUUCCUUGUCUGGGUACACCGAAGGGCAGCGGAGGCGCUGGGCCGGCGGGUUCAGAGCGCACGCCUUUCCUCUCCCCUUCACACUCGGACUUUAAAGAGGAGAAAGAGAGGCUUUUGGCCGCCGGCUCGCCCUCGCCAGGGCCAGAGCGGCCGCGGGACGGAGGCGCUGAGCGGCAGGUGGGAGCGGCCAAAAAGAAGACGCGCACCGUCUUCUCGCGCAGCCAGGUGUACCAGCUGGAGUCCACCUUCGACAUGAAGCGCUACCUGAGCAGCUCGGAGCGCGCCGGCCUGGCCGCCUCGCUGCACCUCACUGAGACGCAGGUCAAGAUCUGGUUCCAGAAUCGCCGCAACAAGUGGAAGCGGCAGCUGGCCGCGGAGUUGGAGGCGGCCAACCUGAGCCACGCCGCGGCGCAGCGCAUUGUGCGCGGCAUGCCGCUGGUGUUCCGGGACAGCUCGCUGCUGCGCGUGCCGGUGCCGCGCUCUCUCGCCUUCCCUGCGCCGCUCUACUACCCCAGCAGCAACCUCUCCGCCUUACCGCUCUACAACCUGUACAACAAGCUCGACUACUGACUCGCCUGCCGGCCUCCCGCCUCCACCUGCCCGCGGACCCUGGCGCGGCUUGCGCCCUCACAGGGCUCCAGAGCAAAAGGGCGUGUGUCCAGAAAUAUUAAGAAAUACACCAUGUGUAUUCAUUAUCUCGUAUUUAUGGGCUCUGCCCUACUUUUCUUUUUUUGUUUGUUCGGGUAUUUAUCGGCACUCCUCAAGCUGGAUCGCCUGCUUUCCACCUAAACCAAACCAAUGAGUUUUCAAAACCGUAUUGGAGGGGGAUUUUUUUGGGGUCGUGGUGGGAAAGGGAGUUUUGGCCAGAUCGGCUUUGGUUGGUAGGAAAAAAAGUCAGAAAACACCAACAAAACUAGAUAUACUCCUUACCCGUAUGUACACCUGGCUAUAUGUACACGCACUCACACUCGGCCAAACCAGGCUCUCUGGGGCUUUGGACAUUGAUCUAAUCACCUCUUUUUCUUUCCUUCAUCCUGAGGAUGGGUAGGGGCGAAAUGGGGAUAGUGCAGAUCUGUAAAUAUUUUAAAAGAAAAAAUAAAACAUUUUAAACAUCGUUGCUAAGGAGGGACUGUUUAUCCUGCAGAAUAAGUCGCAGGAGGCUUUCUCGCUUUUCAGAGACAGAGCUCCACUUCGUACCACGUGGAGGGUGGGGCCGGGGUCAAUGGUAAAAGGUCAGGAAGUCAUCGCUGCUUGGGGCGCACUUCCCAGUCCCUACUUGCAGUCCCCAUAAUCUUGGCGCGGGCUGGGGCCCACUCCGGCUGGAUCAGGCUCCAGAGCCUGUGCCAGGAAAGACAAAGGCAGGAAGGCUGGUUAUGCGGCUGAAGCGGUUGUGUGAAUGAGCCCUGCCAGGGCGCAAAGAGCAACUUCUUGCACUGUAUCGCCUUGGGUUCGGCCAAAGCAGGGCACGCGACGACGUAACCCAAGCUAGGCCGGCGUGCCUUUUCUCCUCCGACGUAGGGCAGGCUGCGGCGCCGCUUGUCAGUUGGUAAAGCGUCCAGUCGUCGCCCUGAGCCUGGUGCGACCCGCUCACAGCCACGCACAGUUCUCCAGCUGAUUACACAGUUUCGCGUCUCGCGCGUAGCCGGAGCUGUACGCAGCAAGGCCACACAGGGAUCCGAGGUCGGAAAGAAGGCGCAGGAGCAAAGGCGCUUCUCCCCACUCUUUUUUGUUAAUACAGUAUUUUGCAUUGUGCUUGGCUAAAUGGCUAGAGGACUGG